AUGGGGCUGGGUUUACUUGGGGCUUGCCCCGGUCCCAGCAUAGUCGACCCUGACUUACACGACCUCGGGGAACGGCUAACCCGCUACUUUUUAAUUUAAACAAACGAAAUUUAUUAUUAUAUAUAACUUUUUGGAGUUCUACAAUUUGAAGGUAGAAGCAUAGAUUUUUAAUUUACGUAUUAAGCCUUCAAGAUAAUAUUUUGUUUUAAGAAUAAUGAAAUAUUUGAUGAUUCUUAUACUUAUGAUUUAUUAUUUCCAUCUUUGUCAAGAGCUAAGGCAAUUUUUAUAGAACCAUUUUAUUCUUGA